AAGGACUGAACGUCUCUCUGGGGCUAGGUUCUUUCUGUCCUGCUCCACUUGGGAAAGCUCAAAAUGGGGAUGUUGCCCUUGCUGCUUUGCGGGGUGUCUUUCGCCCUUCCACUUUUUGUGACAGCAGGGACGUGUAAAGAUGCUGAUAUGCACUAUGAGAUCAUUUCAGAGGGCCAGCCUUUUGCUUUCAAUUGCUCAUAUCCUCCAGCAACAAACGGGGCAGUCAAUCUGACAUGGUACAAAACACCCAACCAAAGUCCACUCUCCAAUAACAGACAGCUUAGAAAUCACCAGGACCGGACCUGGAUUUUGUUUCUUCCCUUGGCAAAGGGGGACUCGGGCAUCUACCAGUGUGUUAUAAGGGAUGCCCACAGCUGUUACCGAAUAGCUGUAAACCUGACUGUUUUUAGAAAGCAGUGGUGUGAUUCUUCCACGGAGAGCCCUACAGAUUCAUCGGAUGAGUAUCAACAAACCUUACCCCUGGGAAAAUCAGGCAGUCUGAUGUGUCAUCUGUACUUCCCAGACAGUUGCAUCUUGGAUUCAAUAAAGUGGUAUAAGGGUUGUGACGAGAUUAAACCAGGGAAGCAGUAUACUUUUUCGGGAACAAAGCUUCUUGUGAACAAUGUCGCUGCAGAUGACCAUGGGAGCUAUUCGUGCACGGCCAGACUCACACACUUGGGGAGACAGUUCAUGGUUAGAAAUUACAUUGCUGUGAGCACCAAGGAAGUUGUGUCUGGAGGAAGGAUUCCUAAUAUCACAUAUCCAAAAAACAACUCCAUCGAAGUUCAACUCGGCUCCAGACUUAUCGUGGACUGCAACAUAACAGACACGAAGGAGAAUACAAACCUGCGGUGCUGGAGAGUCAACAACACCCUGGUGGAUGACUACUACAGUGACACCAAACGCAUCCGGGAAGGAUUUGAAACCAAUGUUUCUUUGAAGGAUCACAUUUCGUACACAGUGAACAUCACAUUCUUAGAAGUGAAAAUGGAGGACUAUGGCCUUCCUUUCGUAUGCCAUGCUGGAGUGUCCACCGCCUACAUCAUGUUGAAGCUCCCAGUUCCGGAUUUCCGGGCUUACCUCAUAGGAGGGCUUGUGGCCUUCCUACUUUUGGUCGUGUCUAUCCUGUGCAUCUACAACAGUUUUAAGAUCGACAUUGUGCUUUGGUACAGAAGCGCCUUCCACACUGUCCAGGCUCUAGAUGAUGAGAAGCUGUAUGAUGCCUAUGUCUUAUACCCCAAAUGCCCAAGAAAAAGUCAGGGCCAUGAUGUGGACACAUUGGUGUUGAAGAUCCUGCCUGAGGUGCUGGAGAAGCAGUGUGGAUAUAAGUUAUUUAUAUUUGGCAGGGAUGAAUUCCCUGGUCAAGCUGUGGCCAACGUCAUUGAUGAAAACAUUAAACUGUGUAGGAGACUGAUUGUCCUUGUGGCACCAGAAUCAUCCGGCUUCGGCUUUCUAAAGAACAUGUCAGAAGAACAAAUCGCUGUCUACAAUGCCCUUAUCCAGGAUGGCAUGAAGGUCAUUCUGAUUGAGCUGGAGAAAAUCAAGGACUAUAGCAUCAUGCCUGAGUCCAUUCAGUACAUCCGACAGAAGCAUGGGGCCAUCCAAUGGAAUGGAGACUUGACAGAGCAGUCACAGUACGCCAAGACCAAAUUCUGGAAGAAAGUAAGAUACCGUAUGCCAGCCAGAAGGUAUCCACCACCAUCUUCCCCAGUCCAGCUGCUGAGGCACACACCCUGCAACUGCAGACCAGGCAAAUGGGAUGCUGCCACAGAGCUCUAAACUCUGUGACAGAGAGUGGACGGUGUGUGGUGACUCACGGCUACAUCCUCUUUGGGUUGUCUACCCCUGCCGCUUGUUCUUUUGAGCUGUGAGUGACUUUGUUCUUGUCCUUGUUGGAUUUUUUGGGUGCUUUUAGUCAGACCUGAUUCUUUAGUACUCCUGUUUGCUUCAUGGCUCUUGUACUCCCUUAUUCUCUCCUGAGCGUGGGGUACCUAUGACACUGGGCCUCCAUGCCAGUGAGAUACAGUGGAUUGUCAACAUGACAGAUCAGAUGGCAAGGAUGCUUGGUCUAUGUCAGGGAUGAGUGGUCAGGCAGUCUGAGGAUACCAAGUGGGCAGCCUUGGGGAAGGCCAGCAAAGACAGUAGCAUAGUAUUUGUGCUCCUCUCGUUUCUACCAGGCUUUGGUCCCCAGGCUGUGUAGAGUGCUUCCGAAUUGCCUCCACACUACCACUGCACUUAGAUAACUAACCAUAGCUAGCAUGAUGCCUCUGGAAGCCACUUCAAUGUCACCUGGACCAAUGGACUCCAAGCUUUGAAAGAUAAUCUGUCAAAACAAAUUAAGAAAGACAUUUUCGACUUUUUAAAGAUGCUUUGCCUGCCAGAAUUCUGAGGAACAUUUGAGAGAUACAAAUUACAGCUCUGUGGUGAUGCAAUUCUAACCCCAGUAAAUCUAUGUGAGUGUUUGGUUAAUAAGUGCAUCCUUUAUUAUAGGGCAAAUUUAUAAGGAAUAUGGGUG